AGUUCGCGUCCGGCGGGGCGGGCGUCGAGCUCGGUGAGGCGGCGCCGCCUCCGCCGCCGCUGCUGCUGCUGCUCUUGUCGUGAGGAGAGGAAAAGGCGGCGAAAAGGAGGAAAGAAAGAAAGAAAGAGAAAGAAAGAAGGAGGGAGAGAGAGAAGGGGCCCGGAUGGAGGCCGCCCCGGCCUUCGCCUUCUUCCCUUCCUUCCCUUUCCCCGCCGCCUGAAGGGAAACCAUGUCGAACGCGGGAAGCCGGCGGAGCGGCUCCAGCAUCAAAAUCCGCCUCACAGUGCUUUGUGCCAAGAACCUUGCAAAAAAGGAUUUCUUCAGGCUCCCUGACCCAUUUGCAAAGGUGGUGGUAGAUGGGUCGGGUCAGUGCCACUCAACUGACACAGUGAAGAACACGUUAGAUCCCAAAUGGAACCAGCAUUAUGAUCUAUAUGUUGGAAAGUCCGAUUCUAUCACCAUCAGUGUCUGGAACCAUAAGAAAAUCCACAAAAAACAGGGAGCUGGCUUCCUGGGGUGUGUCCGACUCCUUUCCAAUGCUAUCAGCAGGCUAAAAGAUACUGGAUACCAGCGUUUGGAUCUAUGCAAACUUAACCCCACAGAUACUGAUGCAGUGCGAGGCCAAAUAGUGGUCAGCUUACAGACACGGGACAGGAUAGGUACAGGAGGAUCUGUUGUAGACUGCAGGGGCCUGUUAGAGAAUGAAGGAACGGUUUAUGAAGACUCGGGACCAGGAAGGCCACUGAGCUGUUACAUGGAGGAGCCAGCCCCAUACACAGACAGCACCGGUGCCGCUGGAGGAGGAAACUGUCACUUUGUGGAAUCCCCAAGUCAGGACCAGGCAUUGCAGGUGCAGCGAUUGCGGACUCCUGAUGUGAGAAGCCAUGUACAGACGCCCCAGAACAGGCCGCAUGGUCACCAGUCACCCUCACCUGACCUGCCUGAAGGCUAUGAACAAAGGACAACAGUACAGGGGCAAGUUUACUUUUUACACACACAAACUGGUGUUAGCACAUGGCACGACCCUAGGAUACCAAGAGACCUUAAUAGUGUGAAUUGUGAUGAAUUGGGACCUCUACCACCAGGCUGGGAAGUUAGAAGUACAGUGUCGGGAAGAAUAUAUUUUGUAGAUCAUAAUAACAGAACCACACAGUUCACAGACCCAAGACUUCAUCACAUCAUGAAUCACCAAUGCCAACUCAAAGAACCCAACCAGCCUUUGCCCGUGCCGAAUGAGGGGUCAUUAGAAGACAGUGAAGAAUUGCCAGCCCAGAGAUACGAGCGAGAUUUGGUACAAAAGCUGAAGAUACUCAGGCACGAACUCUCUCUCCAGCAACCUCAAGCUGGUCACUGCCGCAUUGAAGUAUCAAGGGAAGAAAUAUUUGAGGAAUCAUACCGCCAGAUCAUGAAGAUGCGGCCAAAAGAUUUGAAGAAGAGAUUGAUGGUAAAGUUCAGAGGAGAAGAAGGCUUGGAUUACGGCGGAGUGGCAAGGGAGUGGCUAUACCUAUUGUGCCAUGAAAUGUUGAACCCGUAUUAUGGACUCUUCCAGUAUUCGACAGAUAACAUUUACAUGCUGCAGAUAAAUCCAGACUCUUCUAUCAAUCCCUUGACCCCAAACAAAACUGUGGUGAAGGAUCAUCUGUCUUACUUCCACUUCGUUGGUCGGAUAAUGGGCCUGGCUGUGUUCCAUGGGCACUACAUCAACGGAGGCUUCACCGUUCCUUUCUACAAGCAGCUUCUGGGCAAACCCAUCCAAUUAUCUGAUCUGGAAUCAGUCGACCCAGAAUUGCACAAGAGUUUAGUUUGGAUUUUAGAAAAUGAUAUUACUCCAGUUUUGGACCAUACGUUCUGUGUGGAGCACAAUGCUUUUGGCAGGAUUCUACAGCAUGAGCUCAAACCAAAUGGGAGGAACGUAUCUGUCACGGAGGAGAACAAGAAAGAAUAUGUCAGGUUGUAUGUUAACUGGAGGUUCAUGAGAGGAAUUGAGGCGCAGUUCUUGGCUCUUCAGAAAGGCUUUAAUGAACUUAUUCCACAACAUCUACUGAAGCCUUUUGACCAGAAGGAGCUUGAGCUCAUCAUCGGUGGCCUGGAUAAGAUCGAUUUGAACGACUGGAAAUCCAACACGCGCCUCAAGCACUGCAUGGCCGACAGCAACAUCGUCAAAUGGUUCUGGCAAGCGGUGGAAGCCUUCGACGAGGAGCGGAGAGCACGGCUGCUGCAGUUUGUGACGGGCUCAACGCGGGUGCCGCUCCAGGGCUUCAAGGCUUUGCAAGGCUCUACAGGCGCGGCAGGACCCAGGCUCUUCACUAUCCAUUUGAUAGAUGCAAACACGGACAACCUUCCGAAAGCUCAUACUUGCUUUAACCGAAUUGACAUUCCGCCUUACGAAACCUAUGAGAAGCUUUACGAAAAGCUACUGACGGCUGUGGAAGAGACAUGUGGGUUUGCAGUGGAGUGAAUGGGCAACCAAAGGAAACAGAUUCUAGCUCAUGGACCACCAAAUCAAAAGCUGUAAGAAGAAGCUUGCUGUGAACUUCUUUUUUGUCCAAAGCAUUGAGACACUCAACGACUUGGGGAGGGGCCCUGCGGCCGAUUCCCCCUCCUGUGGCGGUGUUGUGGGGAGGGGGGCUUUUGUUGGUGGUUCCCGACCAUAUAUUUUUCUCCCUUUUGUUACAACGAUUCCUGCCUUUCCCCCCAUCCCGCCCCUUCCCCUUCAUUUCCCACGACAGUAAAGGCAGUCAGGUUCAGCAUUUGGUUUUGGUUACCCAAGAUAUUCUGCUAGACUCGUAACACAUAUUGUGAUAAGGUCAAUGACCUGUGGUCUUUUUUUAUAGGAGUAUCAAAAUUGUAGUUGAGUAUCUUGAGAUUGGUUUGCUGAGGAUCUGUUGACUGGUAGGUGUAUAUGGGUGUUUGUGUCUUAAGGCGGUCCUAAGCCCUUGUAGACUCCAGAAGCAACGAAAAAAAGAAGACUGGCCCAGGGAUCUUCCAAGUUGCACAUUUCAGAAUUCACUUUAAAAGAUGGGUAGCAGAGAACGAAUCCGUAGGCGCACACGGUAAAGGAUUCUUCCUUGGCAAGAGGCACGUUGUGUGAAUGCAGUGGCUUGGCUCUUUAGAAGAGGGAAAAAAGGAAGCAACCCAAGCCUUUUAGACGUGGAGGUUUUUUAAAUGAGGCAGACUUGUUUGGUUAUGCUAUUAUUACUGGGAUACAUGUGAGAACGCAGCAAGGGGGCAUUUAUGGCCCAAGGUCUGAGCAGUCUGAAAGAUUCCUUUCCCCCGAUGCUGUUUUCUCAGAUGCAUUCAUUGACUUGAAAUAGUGGGAAUCCUAGUUUCAUCAGGACUGGAGAAUGGCUCUGUUCAAAGAGGAAUAUAUAGUGCACAAAGGUCUAACAUAGUGAUUUUAACUUCUGGCUCGUGAGCAACCCAAAGCCCUGCUUCCAGCCUCCCUUGCUCCUUCUCCUUCCCCCCGGCGUAUAUCUGAAGCUAUUUUGUGCAAGGUUGUUAUUAAGUGAGUGGCUUCCCAUGACUUCCUGUGAGAGAAGAACCAAAGCGCUCAGGUUACAUUAAAUCAAACACAUUUUUUUGUUUACUUUACACCAGAAGCAGCAAGGCCGUGUUUUUAACAACACAACAUUUCUUGGCAGAAAGACUGACUAAGCAUCAAAUCUGACUUGGCAGACCUGGGGCAAAAAGACGUCUCCUGCCUGAUCUAAAUACAGAGAUGCAUAUGAAGAGAUGAUGCUUUGGACGAGUAAAGCGUUGGGCUUCUCUUGUCAAUUUUGAAAACAUUGAAUUGACAUUGAUAAUAAUUUUAAACUGUGGUAGGACAAAUUUGAGUUAGUGACUUGUGGGAACCCUAAAGUCUCUCUUUUCUGUUUGUUCAGCCGUAACAUUUGUGGUUUUGGCAAUGGAAAUAUGAGGAUGACAUUGGAAAAAGGAAACUUUACAAUGUUGUGAUAUUUGCACCAUGUAGCUAAAGGGCUGGUUGGGUUUUUUUUAUUGGUGAGUCAAGGCAUAACAUGGAAUUGACUUUGGGAAUGCAGUCGCGCUUAAGGGACCAGUUAACUGCACUGUGAGUUUUUGGGAAAGUUGCAAGGUGUCAAGGGAGUUUGGAGGAUUCGGAAUUAAUAGGCUAAGUCAGGCGUCUUUGCCAUCCUCUGGAGACCAGGUGUUGUCCAUAGGAGGUGGUUAACUCUGUCUCUAGAAUUCAAAUGUAUAAAGCGAUGCUAAAGACGAAAGCGGACAGUGGUGGAGGCUCCUCCUUUGGAGGCUUUUAAGCAGAGGUUGGAUGGCCAUCUGUCGGGGGUGCUUUGAGUGAGAUUUUCCUGCUUCUUGCAAGGGGUUGGACUGGACGGCCCGUGAGGUCUCUUCCAACUCUACGAUUCUGUGAAAGGUUUGCAGAGGCCGUUCCUUACAGGCACAAGCAAAAGAGAUGAUGCAUUUGGCCACAUGCUGGGAGGUUGUUUUUGGCCUUACCCAUUUCUGCAUUGAGUGGCUAAAGUGCACGUUGCACCAGGAAACAGUAGUAGCCGAGGACAAGUGAAACGAGAAAGGCAGCGCACUUCAGGAAAGGCAGUCCCAUUCCAAAGGUAGCAGGGGAAUCCUGACUGUGUUCAUGUUCACAUAGUGUAGAUAGCUUCCUCUGUGGUCAUAGCGAGGAAGAUGUGAGGAGUGUGUCUCCAAAACCUGCUUUAGGUUUCCCAUUUUUGUGUCCGACAUAUUUUGUCCCCCUGGUUCCGCUGACCAAGAGCCAGCAUUGAUAGUGUGCUGUGACUCUGGACACUGCCGUUUGAGGGAGGCUCAGGCCGGGAUUGGCAGAAAGGAGAACCAAGCAAGGCACAAUAGGGUUGGUUUUCUGUUGUUUUGUGACUUUGUGGGCAAGUGUGCUCAGGCAGAACAUUCCACCUCUCCUUUCUCCCAACAAGGAAGCUAGAAAACCGAGUGGGGAAAAGGAGAUUUUUCUUGCAGGCUGUGGUCUGUGGAGCUUUAACUUGCACCUGUGCUGGGGGCUUUUUAGCAGCUAAACUUUCAAAGGUAAAAUAGGCUUGAUUUAUAGUCUUGCCUUUCACCUCUUGGUAGAUGAGCAGGUUGGUGGUGAGUGGGAAUCAACCUUUAAGGCAGAUUCAUGUACUGAAGGGCAUUGGAAGCACUCUGCCCUUUGCGGCUGUGUCUUGCAUUUAGGAGGUGGGAAACUGCCAUUUCAGUUGCAAUGAAGACACAGAGGAAUUGGGAGGGUAUGUGUGUGUUCUGUCCCUUCAGCCAGAUGGUGGUUUUGAAGGCCACCUCCAGUGGCCUUUGGUCCCUCUGGGAAGAGCAAAGCUUAUCAACUGGUCCAGUGAUGCAGAUCUUUCCGCGUCUUUGUUUACUUGCCCUGAAAUGCAUCAUCCAGCAUCCAUGCACUCAGGGAUGUAGGAAAUCACCACUCUUCUUGUGUUACAAACUGGGAAAGGAUAAGUCGUCCUACGUCAGAUGGGAACAUUUUGGACCAACUUCUUGUUUUUAAGGACAGCGCUUGCUCAGCAUUGAGUCCAGUCUAUCAAACCGCCGCUAUCAUCAUCCAGAGUCGGCUUUCCCUUUCUUCCCAUCCUCUCCAUGGCUCCGGUACCCAGUAUUCUACACUGUAGAGCACAGACAGUUUUCCAGAAAAAAAAUGCAGUAUGUAAUUUGUUUUUACUUUGUUUAAAAACAUUUUUUGUUCCUCAACCACUUUAUAAUGUAUUUUUUAACUUAUUAUUUUGUAAUGUCUUGUUUUUAAGUAUUGCUGCUACCCUUGUUAUUCUUCUCUCCAUUUUUAUGGCGGAUUUUGUUUUGUGGGGAGGGGAAAAAGUUGUACACUAAUGUUUUCCAUUUUAUGUCUAAAUCAAAGUAUUUAAGGAAAUACUAGUUCUAUUUAACGUGGUUAUGGAGCCAGCUGGAAUAAAACAGUGAUUGUAUAGUAGGCUGGGCCCAGGAGGUCAUGUUCAUUUUUGUUACAUAUGCAAUAAACUCUCACAACUUUAAA